CCAGGAAGUCAGGGGCAGAUUUAGUCCAGCCCAUUCCUCCAUAAAUGCCCUGACAUCCCAGGAGCCAGCAGAGGCAGGGCAGGAUGGAGCGGAGACGCAUCACCUCUGCGCGCCGCUCCUAUGCCUCCUCCGAGACGGUGGUCAGAGGCCUUGGUCCUAGUCGACACCUGGGUACCAUGCCGCGCUUCUCCCUGUCUCGAAUGACUCCCCCACUCCCUGCCAGGGUGGACUUCUCCCUGGCCGGGGCGCUCAAUGCUGGCUUCAAGGAGACUCGGGCCAGUGAGCGCGCAGAGAUGAUGGAACUCAAUGACCGCUUUGCUAGCUACAUCGAGAAGGUCCGCUUCCUAGAACAGCAAAACAAGGCGCUGGCAGCUGAGCUGAACCAGCUUCGAGCCAAGGAGCCCACCAAACUGGGCGACGUCUACCAGGCAGAGCUUCGGGAGCUGCGGCUGCGGCUGGACCAGCUUACUGCCAACAGUGCCCGGCUGGAAGUGGAGAGGGACAAUCUCGCACAGGACCUCGGCACCCUGAGGCAGAAGCUCCAAGAUGAAACCAACCUGAGGCUGGAGGCAGAGAACAACCUGGCUGCAUAUAGACAGGAGGCAGAUGAAGCCACCCUGGCUCGUGUGGAUCUGGAGAGGAAGGUUGAAUCUCUGGAGGAGGAGAUCCAGUUCUUGAGGAAGAUCCAUGAUGAGGAAGUUCGAGAACUCCGGGAGCAGCUGGCCCAACAGCAGGUCCAUGUGGAGCUGGAUGUGGCCAAGCCAGACCUCACAGCAGCCCUGAGGGAGAUUCGCACUCAAUACGAGGCAGUGGCCACCAGUAACAUGCAAGAGACAGAGGAGUGGUAUCGGUCCAAGUUUGCAGACCUCACAGACGCUGCUUCCCGCAACGCCGAGCUGCUUCGCCAAGCCAAGCACGAGGCUAAUGACUACCGCCGCCAACUGCAGGCCUUGACCUGCGACCUGGAGUCCUUGCGCGGCACUAACGAGUCCCUGGAGAGGCAAAUGCGGGAACAGGACGAGCGCCAUGCACGGGAGUCGGCGAGUUACCAGGAGGCACUCGCUCGGCUGGAGGAGGAGGGCCAAAGCCUCAAGGAGGAGAUGGCCCGCCACCUGCAGGAGUACCAGGAUCUACUCAACGUUAAGCUAGCCCUGGACAUCGAGAUCGCCACCUACAGGAAAUUGCUGGAGGGCGAAGAAAACCGCAUCACCAUUCCUGUACAGACUUUCUCCAACCUCCAGAUCCGAGAAACCAGCCUGGACACCAAAUCCGUGUCAGAAGGCCACCUCAAGAGGAACAUCGUGGUAAAGACAGUGGAGAUGCGGGAUGGUGAGGUCAUUAAGGAGUCAAAGCAGGAGCACAAGGAUGUGAUGUGAGGCGCCUGGCGGCCCUUGGAGGACAGUGUGAGAGCCCAAAGCUCUUCCUCAGAUGGUCUUGUUUGCCAGGCCCAAUUCCCAUCUGCACUUCCCUUCCUUCUGUUUUUAUGCUUGUGUGCUGCCCAAGGCUCAGUCAGUGACAAGCCCCAUGGAUGGCACAUACCCUGCACCUCCAACUAACAAGUUACUCACCCCAAAGGGGCAAUCAGGAGGGGUGGGGACCCCCAGCUGGGUUAGAACUGGAAGGAAAGAGGAAAGAUGCGCAGGGUAAGGAGAUAAAUCACUUCCUUCAUCCUUGUUGUUAUGGAAACUGUUGCUAGAGCUGAGGGUCUCUGGGAACUGGAUUUUGAGUUUCCACAGGCUGCUGGGGCAAGACUAAGAUUCAGACAGAAAGGAAAAGUCCCCGAGGCAAAGUAUCUCUAGUCAGAGACCUAUGCAUCCUGAAUAACCCUGACGAUCUAGGAGUGAGUAGGGCAGACCUGCUACCUGGCGUGGCCACUAAGGCAGUCCUGAAGGGCUCUCCAGAGUGAUGACCCAAGUGUGUCAGCUCCACUGAGCAGUUCUGCAGUUCUGACAGGCAUGUGGAAACUUGGUUCUCAGCACUUGGCAAGAUCUAUGGCAUAGGUGGAGACGGAAGGUGCACUGGACGGUGGAGAGAAGAGCUCCCUGGCCCCUACGUGUGGAUGCAGAGAGGGGGAGCCCAGGAAGGCUCUCUUGCUCAGGCUGCAGGGGUGCCAGCAGCAGAGGCACCGGUGUAGGUCAUUUGGACAUUGGAGUUGGAAGUUGUAGGUAACCAGUUACACUUGGCCCUGAAUCCUGGGAAUCAAGGAAAUAACGGUUCUCUCAAAGACACUGAGACCGGAGAGAGUGACUUCUGUCCACUGGGCAGGACACAGCUGUGCCUCAGUUAUGAAGGUCUAUGCCUGACUGCACGGUCCCCCUCUGCUCCAUCAUCUCACCCUGUGACUGCUGCUCCUCAACCUGGAAGAAUCCACAACCAUCCUUCCAAGGCUCCGUAUCCCCACAGGCUGUUGUUCUCCAAGUCAAGUGUCCAUCUCCCCCCACCCUUUUUUUUUUUUUUUUUUUUUUUUGGUUUUUUGAGAUGGGGUUUCUCUGUAUAGCCCAGGCUGUCUUGGAACUCACUCUGUAGACCAGGCUGGCCUUGAACUCAGAAAUCCACCUGCCUCUGCCUCCCAAGUGCUGGGAUUAAAGGCGUGCGCCACCACUGCCUGGCCCAUUCCCUUUCUUAUGCGUAUGCAUACCACCACCUAUAUUUUAGGCAUCAUCCUAUUUGAGAGUUUGGGAAACUGAGGCAUGUUGUGUUCAAGCAGUCUGGAGCCAAGUGCCUUCCUAUUAGAGCAGCCUCUCCAAAGCUGAUUGGUGGCCAGGUGGGGAAGAAACCGAGCUGAAGGUGUCCUUUCCUCCCCUCCAAGGUCCCUCUGUCUUCCCAGGACAUCAUACCUCCACCCCACCCCUUACCACCUCUGCUAACCUUCAGAACAGUACUGUCACCUUUACUUACUGGGCAAGAAAUAAAGACAUGUGCCAUAGGCUUCCACA